UUCUCAAACUCGCCUUAAAUUUGAGAAGUCGGGGGAGAGUGUGCAGUGGUUGCGCAACCAUUGAAGUGAAAAAAUUAUAAUAAUCCAACGACGUGCUAGAGAGAGAGAGAGAGAAAUUGCAACGAUUCUCCACUCUAAUUUUCUCUCUCUGGACUUCCUUUCAACAAUCCGAUCAAAAUCUUGGUUAUUAGCGUUUCUUGUCGCUUCUCAAAAUGAACAAUUUGGGUAGAGGUCGUCGUGACAAAGUGCAGCAAUUCAUGACGGUUACGGGGGCAGGUGAAAAAUUCGCUAUUCAGGCUUUGAAGGCCACUGAUUGGCAUCUUGAAGGAGCAUUUAAUGUAUUGCACAGACAGCCGCGUAUCGAAGCUCUGGCUAACAUAAAGCGUUUGGAUGAACUGUACCAUCAAUACAAAGAUUCACACAUUGAUAUGAUUUUGGCUGAUGGGAUCAGUUACCUGUGCAAUGAUCUACGGGUGGACCCUCAGGAUAUAGUCAUGUUGGUAGUCUCAUGGCAUAUGGAGGCUGCUACCAUGUGUGAAUUCUCAAGGCAGGAAUUCGUUGGUGGAUUACUGUCUCUCAGGAUAGCUUCACUGGAGAAGUUCAGGGAAAGAAUACCAUUUAUGCGUUCUGAACUUAAAGACAAACAAAAGUUCGGAGAUAUCUAUGACUUUGCUUUUGACUGGGCAAAAGAGAAGGGUCAGAAGUCUUUAGCAUUAGAUACAGCAAUUGGGAUGUGGCAGUUGCUAUUUGCAGAAAAGCAGUGGCCAUUAGUUGAUUACUGGUGCCAGUUCUUACAGGAGCGCCACAACAAAGCAAUCUCUCGGGACACCUGGUCCCAGCUACUGGAGUUUGCAAGAAAUAUUGAUCCUACAUUAUCAAACUAUGAUCCUGAACGUGCUUGGCCAUAUCUUAUCGACGAAUUUGUUGACUACUUGACUGAAAAUGGUAUAAUUCAAAAGGGAAAAUCAAGUGAUAGUAGCUACAAGCAUUAAUGGAUUGCUGGGGUUGUGUAACAAAUGCUGGUCGUUGCCUAUAAGUCGAUCAUUUCUUGAAGUUCAGAAUAGAAAACAGGACAAGAAGCAAUCACAUGUAAAAUACUAUAGAUCAUUUUGAACUAUUCAUUCGUAUUUCUUGUUGUUGACUAUUAUACGUACCAUUCUAUAGAAGCGAUUGUUGAGACAUUUUGAGUAAAGAAUGAAUUUGCUUGUUUUA